AAGACCCCGCAAUUGUUACAGAUAAUGCAGCGAACAUCGUGAGAGCAGUGCAAUUAACGGGGCAUUUUCAUAUGGGGUGUUUUGCGCAUCUCAUCAACUUGGCAUCGCAAGCAGGUCUAAAAACUCCCGCUGCCGCGCGUCUGCUGGGGCAAGUAAGGCGAAUUGUGUCAUUUUUUCACCGAAGCCCCACUGCAAGCCACACACUAAAGGAGAAGCAACAACUUCUUCAGUUGCCUCAACACAAGCUCGUGGUGGACGUCACGACCAGAUGGAACAGCUCCCUGGAUAUGAUCGAACGCUUCCUUGAGCAGCAGCCUGCCAUCUCGGCAGCGCUGCUUUCACCCGAAGUCCGCAGGAGGGAAAGCGACAUCUGCACCUUAACGGAUACAGACAUCACCACCGCAGAGGACAUGGUGAAAUGCCUCAGCCCAAUGAAGACUGCCACACUCGCCAUCUCUGAGGAAGCAUCUCCAACUAUGCCCAUGGUUGCACCACUGCAGUUCCAACUUCUGAGACAGAUGGCAUUGGAUGCUGAAGACUCUUCUGUGAUCAAGGAGCUCAAAACAGCUGUUCAUGACAACUUGAGUUCAAGAUAUGAAGCUCUGAUGGAUGCCUUGUGUGUAGCAUCAUCACUGGAUCCGCGUUUUAAGACUCUGCCCUUUCUGUCUGAUGAGGCACGUGAUGCUGUCUUCCUGAAACUGACCUCUGAAGCUGCUCAUCUGAAGCAAUCAAAUGAUGAAACUACACCAGAGCAAGAAGACACCUCCCCAACUGAUGCGGCGAUGCCUGUACCAACUCAACCAAAGAGGCAAAAACAGUCAUCUGCUCUUAUGGCUUUACUGGGGUCAUCCUACACACCAGAGACUGCACCACAAGGGAAAACUCCCUCUGAAAGGGCUGAGGAAGAGGUCACCAUCUACAGGAAAGUACCCUCUAUUCAUCUCUCUCAAAAUCCACUGACAUGGUGGCAGGUGCAUGCAGAGGAGUUUCCUCUUCUGGCAGGCCUAGCAAAAAGGUAUCUUUGUAUACCCGGGACCAGUGUCCCAUCAGAGAGAGUUUUCUCAACCGCUGGUGACAUUGUUAGUGCUCAAAGGAGCUGCCUCACUCCACAGCACGUAGACCAGCUUCUUUUUCUCCAGAAAAAUUUCAAAAUUCCUGAAGACUAGAACUUUUACCUGUGAAACAUAAUUUCUUACUUGCAGUGGUUGUGGACCUACUGCUUUUUUUUUUGUUAUUUUUAUGGUCAUUGUUGGUUUGUUCUGGUCUUGUUUUACUCCUGCCAGGAGUAUGUUAUUCAACCAAGAGUGCCACCAACUGUCAUGUUACACUCUGAGGCAGAUCAGUUUUUCUGUUCAUUUAAUCCUGCUAUGGGUAUGUUAUUCGACCAAGAGAUGGCCACCCACUGUUAUGGUUAGAUACACUCUCUGACUUAUCAGUCAAGCACAAUUCCUUGACUGAUGAGCUUUUUUUUUUCUUUGAGGUCAGAAACCCAGCCCUGGGUAUGUUAUUUGACUAAAAGAGGGCCACCAAAUGUCAGUUUUUAUUUAGACUUCAAAUAAAACCUGGAUAUGUUUUCAUUUCAAAAUAAAUAACCUUACUUUCAAAUUUGAACUCUUGUCUCUCUGUGUGUCCUUCUUACACAUACACAGAUACAAGCACAAACACACAUGGGGCUGUCUUUCAAUAGGGUGAGUUUUUAUUUAAUCCAGCAAUAUUAAUGCAAUGAAUCGAUAUCGAAUCGAAUCGGAUCGAAUCGUGGAUCGAAUCGGAUCGGGACCUAAUGAAUCGAAAUCGAAUCGAUCCAGGAAAUCUGGAUCGAUUCCCAGCCCUACAAGAAGCCCCCGCAAAGUCCCAUUGUUGAAAAAACGACAUGUGCUGAAGAGACUACAAUUUGCCAAAGAACACAUUGACUGGCCUAAAGAGAAAUGGUGCAACAUAUUGUGGACUGAUGAAAGUAAGAUUGUUCUUUUUGGGUCUAGGGGCCACAGACAGUUUGUCAGACAACCCUCAAAAACUGAAUUCAAGCCACAGAACACUUUCAAGACAAUAAAGCAUGGUGGCGCAAGCAUCAUGAUAUGGGGAUAUUUCUCUUACUAUGGUGGUGGGCCUAUUUAUCACACACCAGGGAUCAUGGAUCAGUUUGAAUACAUCAGAUUUCUUGAAGAGGUCAUGUUGCCUUAUGCCGAAGAGGAAAUGCCCUUGAAAUGGGUGUUUCAACAAGACAACGACCCCAAACACACCAGCAAGCAAGUAGCAUCUUGGUUCCAGACCAACAAUAUUAAUGUUAUGGAGUGGCCAGCCCAAUCCCCGGACCUUAAUCCAAUAGAAAACUUGCUGUUUCUGAGGCAAAACCAAGAAAUGCAGAGGAAUUAUGGAAUGUAGUCCAAUCGUCCUGGGCUGGAAUACCUGUUCACAGGUGCCAGAAGUUGGUUGACUCCAUGCAACACAGAUGUAAAGCAGUUCCAGAAACAGUGGUUAUACUACAAAUAUUAGUUCAGUGAUUCACAAGAAAGCUAAAUCUUCAAGCAUUUUUCAAUUCAUAAAGUAAAUGUUUGAGUUUGUAAUGAAAAAUGCAGACACUGCUAUUUUUUUGAACAGCGUAAAAUAUGAUUUUUUCCUCACUUUUGUUAAGUAACAACAAUUCAUGUUUUGAUUCAGAAUAGAAUGUGCAGUGUUUCCAAAGCAUUUGCGUGUAUGGAAAUAAAAUAAAAAUAAAAUAAGGAUUUUGAGCUUUACUCACUUUUUUAAACACACUACUAUUAUUUUGAACACAACUGUAUGUAGUGAAACUACACAAAUGUUAUCUUAUAUCCUCAACAAUAUUUUGUGCCCAUAUAUUUUGAUUAAUCUAACUUAUAGGAAGGGGAGUGAGCUAAUAAAUAGUACUAAGUACUUCUGUGUUCAAGAUGUGAGUCAGACCAGGUUAACACAUAGCCUUCUUCUGAUUGCUGAAGGGAAAUGAAGUAGCCCAAAUAAUAAUUUACUCUCAAAGCACCAACUUUAAAUAGGCCUAAAGCAACUUCUACAAAAGCACAAGAUUUAAGCCUGGCAGAGACACAAUUAUAGGCUAAUAAAUAACAUGGGUCAGAUCAUUUCAGAUAGGCUUUUAAAAGAGUGUUCUUGCAACAAAUGCCUAUAGUGUCAGUUGCCAUUACAUUGGCCUAGACAACAGGCCUAUGCUAUGCAUCAUUAACUAGAGCUACAAUGGCUUGUCACAGCUGGACUCCCUGUUAUGAUGUCAUGGUCAUUUUUAGUGUUCAUAAAUUCAAUUAGGAUUAUUAAAAAUGGCCAAACUGUGACCUAAAUCCUGUUUUGUAAUUACACCUCGUCUGUCUAAAACCCUCUAGAUCUCUAGACAUCUGACCACUUUUCUAACUGCCCCCCCACUAAUGGGAAGUAUGGCGGGUGUGAAAGGCUAGCCUAUUGACAGUAUGAAUGUUUUUUCUUAUCAUCUUUUUGUUUUUAAUAUCACUAUAUUUUGGGGGCCGGGGGAGUAUCAGUGUGUGGGACUGUGCUUGUUACCUGUUGCCUCUUGGUGUCUGAUGUUAGUGUUUGUCUUGCACACGGUGCAGAACGCAUGAUGGGGCAGCCUGGACAUGUGGAGGCAAGGACAUCUCCCCGAUAGCUGUCAAGAAAUCUUUGAGGUUUCUGAACCUUUUUUGGAGGCGGUUCUGCUGCCAUGGCACGCAAGCCUACAGUUUUAUGUGCAGCAGUAAUGGAUUCGGGGAAACUUGACGGUUUGCCUGCUAUUUGCAACACGCACACACACAAAACAUCAAUGAACGGUAACUUUGACUAGUGGUUAACAACACCGUCGGGUAAACUCAACGUCUUAAUUUUACCUUUUCAAUGUUGUUUGCAUCGGCAGUGACAUCAAACAGCUGAAGACAGAUCAGUUAUCUGGCCAGCCUGGCUUGAUUAAGACACUGAAUUGAAUUGAACGCGCGGAGCAUUUGGUAGGACGGAUAGGUAGACGAGGGUGUUAAAAUGCAGCGCUCUGAUUGGCCAAAAACUUUUGACUCCACUUGCACGCAGAUUGUUGUGGCUCUGCGGCAGAAGCAAUUUCAUAGAUCUGAACUUGCUUAGAAACUGAAACGGGCGAGCAGCAAUUCGUACAAGUGUACUUAAGGGUCAAAAUGCGUACCGAGUACGCAAAAUGCGUACAAGUUGGCAGGUCUGCCAUCGUCCGAUUGCCAGACAAUGUCUACGAACAAGUGCUCUACACAGACACAUUGAUCACAGCUCAUUAUUUCUAACCUCAGCCCAUUAUGAUCCUCACAUAAUCUAUGGAAAUGUAAAUGAUGAUUACAGCCAUCCACUUGUACACCGGAUAGUCACAUGAUUUGUAUCCACUCAGUUAACUAUUACAACAAGUGUCCAGUGACCCUGAUGACAUACAGCCGGCCACAUCGUGGUUGACAAGAUCCAGCUAAAACAAAAAACGUAUUUUCCACAGAGACAUCUCAAUGUAUAAAAUGUCACUAUAUAGGAACUGGCAGACAUGAC